GGUAAACGUCCAUUGUUAAGACAUUUUUUUUCUUGUCUUCAGUUGCGAGUUGCGUGUGAUUGUAGAUAAAGAUAUUGUUAGAGAUAUACAUAUAUAAACAAACACCUGUUCUAGUGAUCUAAAAUUAUAAUCCUAAUCGCCUUUUCUAUUGCUCAAAAAUUAUAAUCUCCAUCCAAAACUAGUUUUAACCAAAAGUAAGUGGCUACAAGAGAUUCACUCCUAUCUUGAGAGGUUGAUUGUCCGUGAAUAGUGGCUACAAUAGAUUCAGUCAUCAUCGUGAAUAUAGCUGGUUUUUGUCGUUUGGUGUUGACUGAGAAUAAUCAACUCUUAUAAUAGGUCUUCUGCUGAGUUCUAACUAAAACACAUUCACAUAUUUUCUUUAUACAGAUCAGUUGGAAGAAAAUCGAUAUCCAAGAGGUGAUUUUUAUUUUCGUAUUUUGCAUAUUUAUUUCAUCUCAAUUGUUCAUAUCUUUCAUAGAUUAAAUCCCACAAAAUAGUAUAUAUUAUCUCGACUAGAAUUUGCUGAGAAAUAUUAUCCGGACUAUGAACUCAAUGAUCUUCCUCUAGUGGUUAUUGAUUACUUAUCACAUGUUUGAGCAGGAGAUUUAUGGCUGAGACACUUUUGUCGUUUGGAGUUGAGAGGCUUUGGAACCUCCUUGUCCGAGAAUCUGAGAGAUUUCAGGGAUUCAAUGAGCAACUCAAUGUACUAAAAAAUGAUAUGAAAAUGUUAAGGUGUUUUCUGGAAGAUGCAUAUGCCAAGAAACACACAAGUGCCAUGAUGGAAAACAUUAUCGAAGAUAUCAAAGAAAUUGUUUUGGAUGCGGAAGAUAUGGUCGAAACCUUUCUUCUAAAAGAAGAACUCAAAAAUACACGGGGUAUCAAAAACAGCGCAAGGAAGUUUUCUUGCAGUAUCUUUGAACACAGGGGACUUGCUUUCAGUAUGGAAGCCAUAAGUAAGAGGAUCUCUAAGGUGAUUCGUGAUAUGAUGUGUCAUGGGGUACAACAGGUAAACAUUGUCAAUGAAGGGUAUACACAAUCUCUACAAGAAAUACGAACGUUUUCUGGCGAUAAUGGAGACCAUCUUGUUGGGUGGAAGAAAAAUGUUGAGAUUUUGGUUGGCUAUCUGCUUGACGAGGAUAACAGUCAAGUGGUUUCUAUAACCGGGAUGGGUGGUAUUGGUAAGACAACACUCGCAAGAAAAGUUUAUAAUCAUCAGACUAUAAAAAGUCACUUUCCAAGACUGGCGUGGGUAUGUGUUUCACAACAAUUUACAAAGAAGGAUGUCUGGCAGACGAUUUUGCAACAACUCAGGCCCGAAAUCAAGGUGUUAGAGAUGACAGAGUAUGUACUUCAAGAAAAACUCUCUGAAGUGUUGGAAACACAAAAGGCUUUGAUUGUCAUUGAUGAUAUAUGGAGAGAAGGAGAUUGGGACCGAAUCAAGUAUGUGUUUCUGCAAAAAAAAGGAUGCAAGGUAUUACUUACUUCUCGUAAUGAAGGAGUAGCACUACAUGCAGAUAGACAUUGUGUUACAUUCAAACCAAAAUGCCUAACUUUUGAAGAAAGUUGGGAUCUUUUUCAAAGGAUAGCAUUUCCAAUGAAAGACACAUCUGAAUUCAAGAUUGAUGAAGAAAUGAAAGAGAUGGGAAAACAGAUGAUCAAACAUUGUGGAGGUCUACCCUUGGCUUUAAAAGUGUUAGGAGGUUUGUUAGCUGCGCAAUACACAUUGUGUGAGUGGAAAAAGAUAUAUGAGAAUAUUGGAUCUUAUAUCGUCGGAGGGACUAGCUUUAAUGAAAGAAAUGUUGUUUACCAUGUUUUGUAUCUGAGCUUUGAAGAGCUGCCUGCUUAUUUGAAGCAUUGCUUCCUCUACUUAGCCCAUUUUCCAGAAGAUUAUAAAAUAGAUGUGGAGGAUUUGUCAUAUUAUUGGGCUGCAGAAGGAAUACAAAGGCCAAGGUAUUACGCUGGAGCGAGCAUUCGAGAGGUUGCAGAUGGAUACAUAGAAGAAUUAGUGAAAAGAAAUAUGGUUAUUUCUAAAAGAGACGUUGAAACUUCAAGAUUUAAAACAUGUCAGUUGCAUGACAUGAUGAGAGAUGUUUGUUUACUCAAAGCUGAAGAAGAGAAUUUUGUAGAAAUUAUUCAAGGCACAUCAACUGCAAACUCCAAAUCUUCUUGUAAAUCUCGCAGACUUGUUGUACACAAGCCUGAUGAAACAUUUAAUGUGGAUACGGAGGUGAAGAAUCCAAGCCUUAGAACUCUCUUGUUUAUCAAGUGCAGAGGAUGGAGGGGAACAAGUUUAUUCUUUACAAGGCAUAAACUGAUGAGAGUGUUAGAUCUCUCUCGGGUGAAGUUUGAAGGAUGGAAAGUACCCUCUAGCAUCGGAAAGCUCAUCCACUUGAGAUAUUUGAGUUUAUUUUGUGCAAGUGUAAAUUGUCUACCUUCUUCUAUGCGGAAUAUGAAACAGCUGCUUUAUUUAAACCUAGAAGUACAUUCAAAUAGAGUUUACAUGCCCAAUAUCUUGAAAGAGAUGCGAGAAUUGGUAUACCUCCAUUUUCCGUUGGAAAUAAAGAAUAAGGUAAAGAUGGAAUUGGGUAAUCUGGUCAAGCUGGAGACAUUGGAGAAUUUCUCAACAGAGCAUGGGAGUGUGGAUGACCUCCGAGGUAUGACACGGCUCAAAACUCUUUCUAUCUAUAUCAGAGGUAAAAAAUGUAACAUGGAAACUCUAUCUUCAUCUCUAAGUAAACUUCCACACUUGGAGAAUCUUACUAUAGAUAAGAGGAUAUGGUAUGCUCUCCCGAAUGAUGAUGAAGAAGAAGGAUUUUUUUUGGAUUGCAUUCAUCUCAAAAAGCUGAAGUUGUAUAUCUAUAUGCCAAAGUUUCCUGAUGAGCAACAGUUUCCUUUUCACCUUACAACCAUUUCUCUAACUGAGUGUUGUUUGAAAGAGGAUCCAAUGCCAGUUCUAGAGAAGUUGCUUCACUUGAAAGAGGUUAGUUUACUGUAUCAAUCUUUCCGUGGGAGGAGAAUGGUUUGCUCGAGGGGUGGGUUUCCUCAGUUACAGAUGCUACGAAUAAGGAAACUAGAGGAGCUGGAAGAUUGGAUAGUAGAAGAAGGCUCCAUGCCAUUUCUCUAUACUCUCGAGAUAGAUGCUUGCAAGAAACUAAAGGAGAUUCCUGAAGGGCUUCGAUUCAUCACUUCCUUGGAGGAUUUGAGUGUUACAUAUAUGGGAGAGCAAUGGGGGAAGAGACUGUUGGAAGAAGGAGAAGAUUAUUACAAAAUCCAACACAUCCCUUCCGUUGAAUUCUAUUAGUAAACUUUUCUUUGGCAAAGGUGAAUCAGUCAGCAGCUGAAGGAGGCUCUCAGAAAUUACGGACUAUCAGGAGGAGAAAACUUCUCUUUCUUGACCUGAAUGGGUUGCUUGCAGAUAUAGUUUCUCCUCUUGCAGAUUGUAAAGCUGAUAUUAACAUUGGAAGAAGAGCAAUUUCAACCUCAUGUUCAUGUAUCCUGCCAAAACUGGAUUAAUCCGAUUAGAAAAGAGCCUCUAACCUGUAAGAUGGCUAUCAUAUUGUCCUGAGACUCUGUUAUGUAUUUUCACAUGGCUCCUUCUGAUGCUAGAGGGGAAUUAAAACAGAGUAUUAGAUGGACAUGGAAAAGAACAACGAGUGCAAGGACAAGCAAAAUAUCAGGUAUCUGAUUAGUGAAGAACUAGAAAGGAUUAUACAACUCAAUGAGAUAUUGGACAUGCAAGGCCAUUGAAACUGCUUUGUCUUUUGUAAUGUUUUUUUUUGUGCUGAAAGCAUAUGAGAUCAACAUUUUGUCUGCUUUUAACAAUGGUAAAGUACAAGGAACAGCAACAAUUCUUGAAUAA